UUGUUGACGAUUUGCAAGUUGACGUGCGCGAAAGUUUUGCUAGUGGAUUCUUCUCUCGCGUCCAUUUUCUGUUUCCUGACAAAAAUCUGGGUAACAAUCGAGACGUUGCAUUUUCAUAUCUGUCGAUAUGAGCUCUUCCGGACGAGAGGGACAUUCCUCCGGAAUGCAAAUGUCCACUUCCAGUACAGUUCUUAGCCUGGCGGAGAAGCAAAAGUACAUUGAAGAUUACGACUUUCCGUACUGCGAUGAAUCAAGCAAGUACGAGAAAGUAGCUAAAAUCGGACAAGGAACUUUCGGGGAAGUGUUCAAGGCGCGUGAGAAGAAAUCCAACAAAAAGUUUGUAGCAAUGAAAAAAGUUCUAAUGGACAACGAGAAGGAAGGUUUUCCAAUCACUGCUUUGAGGGAAAUUCGAAUUCUACAGCUCCUGAAACACGAAAACGUAGUUAAUUUAAUUGAAAUUUGCCGCACCAAGGCGACAGCCAACAAUAGGUACCGGUCUACUUUCUAUCUCGUGUUUGAUUUUUGCGAACAUGAUCUGGCAGGGCUGUUAUCGAAUAUUAAUGUAAAGUUUAGUUUGGGAGAGAUCAAGAAGGUUAUGCAGCAACUGCUGAACGGACUGUACUACAUUCACAGUAAUAAGAUUCUACACCGUGACAUGAAGGCUGCGAACGUACUUAUCACGAAGACUGGAGUGUUGAAGCUUGCGGAUUUCGGUUUAGCCCGUGCCUUUAGCAUCACCAAAAACGGCCAAGCAAAUCGUUAUACCAACCGUGUGGUAACGUUAUGGUACCGACCACCGGAAUUGUUACUCGGUGAUCGUAACUAUGGACCACCUGUCGAUAUGUGGGGCGCUGGUUGUAUAAUGGCCGAAAUGUGGACCCGUUCUCCGAUUAUGCAGGGAGCAACGGAACAACAACAGCUGAUUUUCAUUUCCCAGCUCUGCGGAUCGUUUACGCCGGAAGUUUGGCCCGGUGUAGAAAGCCUCGAGCUGUACCAGAAAAUGGAACUACCGCAGGGGCACAAGCGAAAGGUUCGCGAUCGGCUGCGACCGUACGUCAAGGAUCCCAACGGUGUGGAUCUGCUGGAUAAGUUGUUGAUUCUAGAUCCUAAGGAACGGAUCGAUGCGGAUUCGGCUCUUAAUCAUGACUUUUUCUGGACCGACCCGAUGCCCUGUGAUCUAAGCAAAAUGCUGUCACAGCAUACGCAGAGUAUGUUCGAGUAUUUGACACCGCCGAGGCGACCCUGCCAGAUGCGGCAGUACCAACAGCAGAUGGUCAAUACAAUGCAGGCACGACCACAAGAUAAUAGCUAUCAGGAUAGAGUAUAUUAAGGUGUUCUAGACUAACAAUCAUUGGAUAAUGAUACGGUCAUCGUUGCCUUUAUUUUUUAUUUGAACGGUAACUUCGUUUUUUUUGAAUUCCUAUACAAUAAAUUGAAUUAA